GUGCCAGCGAGGGCCUCAUCACGGACGAAAAAGACGGCUCGCCGGACCUGAUCCUCUUCGUAGGCGUGGGCUUCGAGUCGCUGGCGGACCACCCGGAAACGUUCGAGGCCGCGGACGGCGGGAUCAACCGCGCAUGCCGGGGCAGGAACGAGGAUGACGGCACGGUUAUCUCCGAGAUGUGGGGGAAUUACUUUUCGACAACAUCUUACGACGUAGAGAACACGGAGUCGCGCGAACAUUGCGAGUCGUUGUGUAAGGAGAAAGACGCGUGCGUGGGCUACGAGUACAAGUUCGAGGCCAGCUUCGGCGGGUUCCUGGCGGCCGGGCGCUGCGAGCUGUGGAACCGGCAGGUCCAGACGACGGCGCCGCACGAAGGCUUCGAGUGCUACAGGCGUGCUCGGUGA